AUGGCGGGCGUUGAGGUGCAACGAGAGAGCCCCGGGGUGGAGGAAGAGGAAGGCGAGCGCCAUGUCAACGGGGAGCUGGACGAGGACGAGUUGACGACCGUGGGGGACAGUGCUGCGGGCAAGAAGAAGAGGAAGAAAAAGAAGAAGACCAAAGCGGGACAAGAACCUGAGAAAGGAGGAGAAGCAGAAGCAGCCCAGAUUGUAGUUGAUGUGACAAAACAAUUGGAGAAACAAUCAUUGGAAAAUAAAGAUGAAGAGGAAGAAGAUGGUGAUGGUAAAGGAGACGGAGCAGCAGCAGGGAAGAAGAAGAAAAAGAAGAAGAAAAAAGGGGCCAAAUCUCAGACAGAUCCACCUUCUAUUCCUAUUUGUGAACUGUAUCCAAGUGGUGUUUUCCCAAAAGGACAGGAGUGCGAGUAUCCAGCAACACAAGAUGGACGGUCUGCUGCUUGGAGGACAACCAGUGAAGAGAAGAAAGCUCUGGACCAGGCCAGUGAGGAAAUAUGGCUUGAUUUUAGACAAGCUGCUGAAGCUCAUAGACAAGUAAGGAAGUAUGUUAUGAGCUGGAUAAAGCCAGGAAUGACCAUGAUUGAAAUCUGUGAGAAACUAGAGGACUGUUCUCGCAAGCUUAUUAAAGAAAAUGGCCUGUAUGCUGGGCUUGCUUUUCCUACAGGCUGUUCCUUGAAUAACUGUGCAGCCCACUACACUCCUAAUGCUGGGGAUCCCACAGUGUUACAGUAUGAUGAUGUUUGCAAAAUUGAUUUCGGAACACACAUCAAUGGACGUAUAAUUGACUGUGCUUUCACAGUCACAUUCAAUUCAAAGUAUGACAAGUUGCUGGAAGCUGUCAAAGAUGCGACAAACACUGGAGUACGGUGUUCCGGUAUUGAUGUCCGCCUUUGCGAUGUUGGUGAAGCAAUCCAGGAAGUUAUGGAAUCAUAUGAGGUUGAAAUUGAUGGCAAAACAUAUCAAGUGAAACCCAUUCGAAAUCUGAAUGGUCAUUCUAUUGGCCCUUAUAGAAUACAUGGUGGAAAAACUGUGCCCAUUGUGAAAGGUGGUGAAGCAACACGAAUGGAGGAGGGUGAAGUGUAUGCAAUAGAGACUUUCGGUAGCACUGGGAAGGGAGUGGUUCACGACGACAUGGAAUGUUCUCACUACAUGAAAAACUUUGAUGUCGGGCAUGUGCCAAUUAGACUUCCAAGAGCUAAACACUUGUUAAAUGUCAUCAAUGAGAACUUCGGCACUCUUGCUUUUUGUCGCCGAUGGCUGGAUCGACUUGGAGAGAGCAAGUAUCUGAUGGCACUUAAGAACCUGUGUGAUUUGGGUAUAGUGGACCCCUACCCACCCCUCUGUGAUAUCAAAGGCUCCUAUACAGCACAGUUUGAACAUACCAUUCUAUUGCGCCCAACCUGCAAGGAAGUUGUGAGCCGAGGAGAUGACUAUUAA